AUGUCCGUAUUUGGAGAACUUUUCUUGCUCCACAUCAGCAAAGGGACCCUGUCCGGAACUACUGUUAAUCGAUGCUGCGUCUCUGUGUCGCACCCAAAUGCAACAGUUGAUUAUGUCGUCUCUUACGUCUUGACUGUACUACGCAAUGCAACAUCUCGGUUACCCGGCUUAUGCUGUCCUCUUCUGAUCACCCCUGUCGUUUCUAUGCAGCCAUUAUUAUUACAUAUCCACGUGUACCUCUCGAUUCUGCGCUACAUUCGUUCGUCUUCCUUCUUACCAGUCUUUCUCGGUUCAUGCCUUCUUGAACCAAACGUGUCUUACUUUUAA